AUGGAUCCUUCAUCAGCCGUCCUUGUGGGAGCCCACACGAGUCACAGGCAGCAACGUGAGAAUGACCCACACAUUGCUAUUCCCCGCUCCGUUAACCGGUCGCUCAUCCACGUCAGUCCGUUACGGCCGAUCCCAGGAGAAAGCGUGGUGUUUCCAUACCAAGUAAACAAGGGCCGCUACCAGUUCACCUAUUACCAGGCCGUGCAGGCAUGCAAGGAGCAGGAUGCUAAGCUUGCUACAUUCCAGCAGCUCUUCGAAGAGUGGCAGAAGGGUCUGGACUGGUGUAAUGCUGGAUGGCUGGAAGAUGGGACAGUUCACUAUCCGGUCGCUGUCCCUCGGGAGCCCUGUGGGGGCAAGAACCUGCCACCGGGAAUCAGGAGUUAUGGAGCCCGGGACAAGCAGCGUGACCGCUUCGAUGCCUUCUGUUUCACCUCCACCAUCAAAGGCUCGGUGUAUUUCCGGAAAGAGUCUGCCAUGUUUGACUACGUUGGGGGCACUAGUGCGUGUCGCCGUGAUGGGGCCGCCGUGGCCAAGGUCGGUCAAGUGUACUCAGCCUGGAGGUUCUCUGGGCUGAACCAUUGUGAGCCAGGCUGGCUGGCAGAUGGCAGUGUGCGUUACCCCAUUGUCUCUCCCCGGUCCCGGUGUGGGGGACCCCAGCCUGGUGUGCGCAGCCUCGGCUUCCCCAGACUCUCCCACCGUGCAUAUGGGGUCUACUGCUACAAACCACGAUGAGCUCUCCCUUCCCCAUCCCCAAAAUCACCCCACCCCACUGCCACCUUCACCACACAUCCUCUCAACCAUCCCCCCACAUUCCUUCCCUCACUGUUCAACAGGCUUGAGAGAGGCUGACAAGUUUCCGCCUAUUGCUGUGUAACAAGCUCAAGGAUGGAGCUGGAUGGUCUCCAGUUCCUGCAUAACAGGCUCGAGGAGCGGGCUGAAUGGCCUCCUCCAGUUCCUGUGCAACAAGGCUCGAGGAGGGAGUUGAAUGGCCUCCUGUUCCUCUGUAACAGGCUCGAGGAGGGGACUGAAUGGCCUCCUGUUCCUUUGUCACAGACCCGAGGGUGGGGCUGAAUGGCCUUCUCCUGUUCUUAGUUUCAGUGUGUCUCUGUACCAGACCCCUUCAUCCAGACGGGGGAAUGGAUAUAAACAACAGUCAUUGAUAAGUUCAUUUUAGGGAACUCAGGAGAAAUGUCAUCAUGCAGAGAACAGGGGGAACGUGAAACUACACUUCAAUGGAUUGAAUCAACUGACGCUUUGAAAAAGAGGAAGACGAGCAGAUGUGGGAAUGAUGACGGCUGGGGGAAAGUUGAAGAUGAUGUUGAGUGGCUGAGAGGAGAUAGGUGGAAUUGAAGGACAUCUGCGUGCAGCACUGACAAGACAUGCCAAACGGCCUUUCCUGCACUUGGAUACAACUUCUUUGCUCUGUACUAAUGUAACUGCUGUUGCCUCCUACUGGCCUAAUGUGUAAUGGUGACCAUCCAGAGCUAAGCUACUAGAGUCUGUUGUUUCUAAUAUUUAUUAGUGGGGACAUAAUUGGAACAGCAACUUCUAAAUAGGUUAUAAAGCACUACCUGCUAGCAUUAGCCAUGUCUUCACUGAUGAUCAUUUAAUAGCCACUUAGAGACACUAAUCAUCUGUAUCGUAAACCCUCCGUGGUUGGACUUUGGAAGUGAUUUGUGUUCUCCCUUGCUGCUAAUACAUAUUUUUGCAAGAUGCUGUGGAAUUAAAAUGGAAUUGUGAAUUUGUAAAUUUUUCAUUCCAUGGUUUCAUUUUUUUGUACUGAAUUCCUUGAUGUUGCCAGUUCUUAUCCACAGUUUGUGGAGGAUACACCAUGCAUUGGGUCCAUUCACCUAAGCGUCAGCUCUCAUCAUGUCUGAGUGACCGUUCUUCCUGGGAGAAUGGGGGUCGAUCAACAGCACAGACUAAGAUAACCUUUCACCAACCAAUAUGGGCCGAGACCAGGAACAAUCCCCAUGCUGGAACUAAAUAGGAUUGUGUACAAUAGGAGUGAAUGGGAAGGGGUUUGGGUCCAUUGGGAUUGUGUACAAUGGGAGUUGGAAGAGGUGUUGUAAUA